UUUAAAAUCUUUUCAACAGAAUCACUGUUUUAUUCACUCCUCUCCACUAUAAAUACAUCACACACAACAAAUUCAUUCCUCACAACAAAAUUCAUCACAAUUCAAGAACACCAUGGAUUGUUCAUCAGCUCUCUGCUUCAUUCUUGUCUUGAAUUUCGUCCUCUUCGCCUCUGCCAUCCAAGUUUCCCACACGAACAGAGCUAUCACCAUUGAUGGUCAACCCAGGAUCUUACUCUCUGGUUCUAUCCACUACCCACGAAGCACUCCUCAGAUGUGGCCUGAUUUGAUCAGAAAAUCAAAGGAAGGUGGAUUGAACGCCAUUGAAACUUACGUUUUCUGGAAUGCUCAUGAGCCGAUUCGUCGUCAAUAUGAUUUCACUGCCAAUCUUGAUCUCAUAAGGUUCCUUAAAACCAUUCAAGAUCAAGGCCUUUACGCUGUUCUUCGCAUUGGCCCAUAUGUCUGCGCCGAGUGGAAUUAUGGAGGUUUUCCGGUUUGGCUCCACAACCUUCCUGGAAUUGAACUCAGAACGUUAAAUUCCGUAUUCAUGAAUGAGAUGCAAAACUUCACGACGUUGAUUGUGGACAUGGUGAAGAAGGAGAAUCUUUUCGCCUCACAAGGUGGUCCAGUGAUUCUAGCUCAGAUUGAAAAUGAAUACGGUAACGUAAUGACCCCUUACGGCGAAGCUGGAAAAGCUUAUGUGAACUGGUGUUCAUCCAUGGCGGACUCGUUGAAAGUCGGGGUUCCAUGGAUCAUGUGUCAACAAGCCGACGCACCCGAGCCAAUGAUCAACACCUGCAAUGGUUGGUAUUGCGAUCAGUUCACUCCCAACAAUCCAAACAGCCCCAAAAUGUGGACUGAAAAUUGGACUGGUUGGUUCAAGAGCUGGGGUGGAAAAGACCCACAUAGAACCUCCGAAGAUUUGGCCUUCUCCGUCGCUAGAUUCUACCAACUCGGCGGCACUUUCCAAAACUACUACAUGUACCACGGCGGAACGAACUUCGACCGGAUGGCCGGCGGUCCGUACAUCACCACCUCUUACGAUUACGAUGCACCGUUGGAUGAGUAUGGUAAUCUGAAUCAACCCAAAUACGGCCAUUUGAAGCAGCUUCACGAUGCUUUGAUGUCCAUUGAGAAGCCGCUGGUUUCCGGCGACGUGAACACCACCGAUUUGGGCAACUCUGUUUCUAUCACCAAAUACACUACAAAAGAAGGGUCGGCUUGUUUCUUCAGCAACGCGAAUGUAACAACUGACGCGACGGUCAGCUACAACGGAAAAGACUUUAAAGUUCCGGCGUGGUCCGUCAGCAUUCUUCCCGACUGUCAAACAGAGGUUUACAACACAGCAAAAGUGAACACACAAACAUCCGUGAUGGUGAAGAAGGAAAACAAGGCGGAGGAGGAACCGGCGGCGUUGCAAUGGGUGUGGCGGCCAGAGAAUCUCGACGCCACCGCGAGAUUAGGCAAAGGACAAGUAAGUGCUAAUAUGCUUCUUGAUCAGAAAGCUGCCGCUAACGAUGCUAGUGAUUAUCUCUGGUACAUGACAAGCGUUCACUUGAAGAAAGCCGAUCGGAUUUGGAGCAACAACAUGACUCUGCGAAUCAACGGCAGCGGCCAUGUCCUCCACGCCUUCGUCAACGGUGAACAUAUCGGUUCCCAAUGGGCUUCAUAUGGAAUUUUCACUUACUUUAUGGAGAGACAAGUGAAAUUAAAGCCAGGAAAGAACAUAAUCUCUCUUCUCAGCGCCACCGUCGGCUACCAGAACUACGGGCCCUUCUUCGACAUGAUUCAAUCAGGAAUCCCCGGCCCAGUUGAAUUAAUCGGCCGCAACGGCGAUGAAACACUCAUAAAAGACCUCUCAUCUCACAAAUGGUCAUACGAAAUCGGAUUGCACGGCUUCGAAAAUCGUCUCUUCAGUUCAGAUUCUCGAUUCGCCGCCAAAUGGCAAUCAGAGAAUCUCCCAGUAAACAAAAUGAUGACAUGGUACAAAACAACCUUCAAAGCUCCAUUAGGAACCGACCCAGUGGCUCUAGACUUACAAGGCCUCGGCAAGGGGGUUGCUUGGGUCAACGGCCACAACCUUGGCCGUUACUGGCCGAGCUUCAUAGCCGAAGAAGGUUGCAGCUUGGACCCAUGUGAUUACCGUGGCGCAUACGACAACAAUAAAUGCGUCAGCAACUGCGGCCACCCAACACAGCGGUGGUACCAUGUGCCGAGAUCCUUCAUCAAUGACGGCGAUAACACUCUGGUUCUGUUCGAGGAAUUUGGAGGGAACCCAUCAUUGGUGAACUUCAAACCAAUCAGCAUGGAGAAAGCUUGUGCUCAUGCUUACGACAACCACCGUUUGGAGCUGUCGUGUCAGGGGCAACAGAUUUCAGGGAUUGCCUUCGCGAGCUACGGCAACCCAUUGGGGAGUUGUGGGUCUUUCACGACGGGAGAGUGCAAGAGCCAAAACGAUGCAUUGAAGAUUGUUGAGAAUUUGUGCGUUGGGAAAGAAUCUUGCGCUAUUGAUGUCUCUGAAGCUACCUUUGGAGCUACGGACUGCGCUGCUGAUCUUGUCAAGAGGCUCGCCGUCGAAGCUCUCUGUUAGGAGCUUAGUUUAGGAUUUUGUUAGGGAGAUUUUUUAUGAACGAGAAAAAAUGUAGGAACAGAUUUUUUUCG